CAGGCCUUGGAGGAGCUGAGCAAAAUCUCCGACAAAGACGAUUCACAGCUACAGGUAGCUGGCGUACCCGUUAACCGGAUGCAGUUCAAUGUCAUCGUUAACGACAUUGCCAAAUCCCUCAAGCAAGUGCAAGGACGAACUGGGGUCGAAUACAAGAUCUCAGUCCUUGAAAGCGAGGUCAAGCUCACAUCCGAAGAUCCUGCACCGAGCGACGGAAACUACACCGACAUGUAUGUCGGAUGGUAUUUGGCCACGCAAAAAGUGGCGGUCAGGCGUUUCCGUGACAAGACCAACGCAGACAAGGCUAUCAAGGUA